GAAUUGCGAAUCGCUUAUUUCAUUAUUGAACAACGAAUUUAUUGACUGACAGCACACCGCACUUAAAUCGAAGAAUUUUGUAAAUUACAAAGGUCUAGAAAUUUUUCCAACUAAAAUCUAUCGACAUGGGACAGUUCAAUCUUCGUUGGAAUAAUCACAUUACCAACAUUCUUCAGGUGUUUGGGGAGCAUCUAUCGUCAGAAUCUCUUGUUGACGUAACGUUAUCCUGUGAAGGACGAUUUAUCAAGGCUCAUAAGAUUAUUUUGUCAGCAUGCAGUCCAUAUUUUCAGGAAUUAUUUGAGUAUCACACGUCAAAACAUCCAGUCAUCAUUUUGAAUGGAGUAAAAUACGAGGACCUACAGUCUAUGAUUAAAUUCAUGUACAAUGGAGAAAUCAGAGUUGAGGAGAGUGAAUUGACUGAUCUUCUGAGCAUUGCUGAGAUCCUGCAGGUCAAGGGCUUAUGUAAUGUGAGGGAUAAGAAGGAUAGGGGAAAUGAGAAAGCAGCGGAGCUGAAAGAAGAAGAGAAACGCGAGUGUGAUUUUGCUGUUUCGAAAAACGAUUCGGCAGAGCCCAGUGCAGUUAAUGCAGAGUGUAAAUUGGAGGAUAAUGAUCGUUAUGAAGAGAGAGAGAAGAAUCGACCGAAGAAACGUCGAAAAAUGUCUCAUAGGGUGAAUGAACUGGCAAACGAGACAACAUUUACUAGUCACCAGACGAUCUGCCUAGGCCCAGAAGAAACUCCCAACUCCCCAGAACCUAUUCAACCAGAGCCCAUCCCAACAGCGACAAUCAAAGUUCCGAGACCACCCAACGAGGAAACAAAAAAAUCAAAAAUCAAGACUAAAGUGAAAUCCAGAGAACGACAGAGUGUAAUUUACGGUGAGAAUGGCCCGGAGAAGAUUCGGAGACCUCCAAAUGCAUUCAUGAUCUUCGCCAACGAGUGGAGACGAAGAUUGGCAACCGAAAAUCCCAGAGAAAGCAACACUGAAAUUUCCGUGAGACUCGGGGCCAUGUGGAAGGGUUUGACCAAUGAAACCAAAGACUCUUAUUAUGCACUUGCCAAGAAGGUUGACGAGGAGCACAAGAGGAAGUAUCCUGGAUAUUUUUACAGUCCCAAGGAGGCGAGAAUGAGAAAAAACUUGAAGAAUGAUCUGAUGCUGACUAGAUGUCUUCCACCCACUGGCAAGGGAAUCUUCGAUUCUGAUGCUCUUCAAUUCAGUCAGGUUUAUAUGAAUGGAACCGAUGUAUAUCCUCGAUCAGAUGGGAAAAAUAAUUUCAAUGAGAGGAAAAGUUACUUGAAGGACAUUCAAGAGGCUCAUUGUGACGAGCGCAUUUUCUUUACUUAAUUGAGCUCAUUUCAUAACUGAAUGUGAUUACGUGCAAAUAUUUCGUACUGUUUUACAUUUUUGAUCUCAUAGUGUCAAUUAGUUUGUAAGGAAUUUAUAUAUUUUUCAUACUUGUUACAUUUUCAAUUUAUUGUGAGUUAUGAGUUUUCUUUCUUUGUGAUUAUAGUGUUAAUGAUAGUGAAAAUCCUGCAGCGAGGUGGUAAACUAGGAUGAGUGUAAAAAUGUAACUUUUUCAGGAGAGUACAAAUAUUUAACUAUGUUUGAGCGAACAUUCGAUUCAAGCAAAGGAAAAUUAAAAAAAAAAUUACACUUAUCCGAGUUUACCGCUUCACUACAGAAUUAUAUUGUAGAGUGAAUCGUCCAUUGUUGGAACAAAUCAUAUUCAAUGAUUUGAAUAUGAAAAAGGCUCUUACAAUCUCAAUCGAGUAUUUUUUCAUUUUUUAUCGAUCAAAAAGGUCACAUUCCACCAGAUCAAUAAUUUUCUAUGGAACAAAUACAUCAAACGAUUUUAUCAGUAGAUGAUUAACUGAGGUCAGUUAAAAAUUGAAGAUUAUUUUGAGUAUAUCUUGGCAAAGAAUAGGUUCAUAAAAAAAUUACGGAAGACUUUGUCACGGGAAAUUUUAUGAACCAUAAAAAAACCGUUAACCAUUUUAUUCAAAUCCACUGACCUCAGAGAUAUUUGUGCAAUUAAGUGUAUGGAUUGCUGGGGAUAAUCUCCUGAUCUUUCUAAAUUAGCUAUAAUCUUUAUUUUGUAACAACUAGACGUGAAAUGUGUGGUUCUUGAAAUCUUUCUGUUCUUUUAUGAUAUGGUGUAUUUAAUUGGUUGAUGAUUUAAUCUCGUUUUUCAAUAAAAAAAAUUUGAUUAUUAAAAAAAGUGAUGAAACGUGUAAUCGAUGGGAGCAAAUAUCGAGAAAUUGACGAAUUAAGUAAAACAAAUAUUGUCGAAAGUCACAUCUCGUGGUUUUUAAAAUUUAUUGUAAGGGAUAAAAAGUCACUCGUAUUAUGAGGAACAAUUUUUUAUUCAUCAACAUUGUUCAAUGAUCUUUAAUGACAAUUCAAUGACGACUCUUGCCUCGAGAAUUAACAUUGCGUCAAUAAAAAUUUAUCAGUAACAUUCUUAAAAAGUAAAGAAGGAAUUGCCGCAGGCAUUAAAAUUAUCGCAAAAGCCUAUAAAAUUAGGCCUCGAACUGGCAAUGAAAAAUUUAAUAAAGUUACGUUAUCCAGGUCAGUCUUAUCAGCUCUUGCCGAUGGAUGUUGAUAUAGUUAUGAAACCGUGGGCUAUUUGUCAUAUUUUGAAAUUGCUACGGCAGCUAAUGGCUGCCCCUGAUAGCGUAAUUUAUAUGUAUAGGCAAUAAAAAACAUUUUAGAGUAUAAAAUCAGAGAUUCGUCAGUGUGAUUAUUGAUUAAAAAGUAUUAUGAAAGAUUACGAGAAAUCUUUCAAUUUGUUCCACAAAAUUGAGAAGAA